AUGGAAAGUAGCGAUGAUAAUCACUUUUCAGUUCAAUCAAAUGGUGGUUCCGAACUCAAGCAACCGUUUAUAAUCGGUGUUGCUGGUGGGACUGCGUCUGGCAAAACGACCGUUUGCAAUAUGAUAAUUUCGCAACUUCAUGAUCAGCGGGUUAUUCUUGUCAAUCAAGAUUCAUUCUAUCACUCCUUGACCGAUGAGCAAUUACAGAAAGUCCACGAAUACAACUUCGACCAUCCUGAUGCCUUCGACACAGAGCUUCUGCUUUCAUGCAUGGAGACAUUAAGUCAUGGAAGAGCAGUUAGCAUCCCAAAUUAUGAUUUCAAGAGACACCAAAAAAUUGAUCACUCCCGCAUGGUCAAUCCCGCAGAUGUCAUCAUUUUGGAAGGGAUCCUAGUUCUCCAUGAUUCUCGUGUACGUGAUCUUAUGAACAUGAAGAUCUUUGUCGAUACAGACUCCGACGUACGACUUGCAAGGAGGAUAAAACGUGAUACCGUAGAGAGGGGCAGAAACAUUGAAUAUGUGCUUGACCAAUAUGCCAAGUAUGUGAAGCCUAGUUUUGAGGAAUUUAUACUCCCAUCAAUGAAGCAUGCCGAUGUUAUAAUUCCUCGAGGAGCAGAUAAUGAUGUUGCGAUUGACUUGAUAGUACAACAUAUUUGCACAAAGCUUGGGCAACACAAUCUCUGCAAAAUAUAUCCAAAUGUUUUUGUUAUUUAUUCGACAUUUCAGGUUGUGGAACACGGUUUAGGUCACCUUCCGUUCACUGAAAAACAAAUCAUUACUCCUACAGGAUCUGUAUACAGCGGAGUUGUUUUCUGUAGAAGGUUGUGUGGUGUGUCAGUCAUUAGAAGUGGUGAAAGCAUGGAGAAUGCCCUGAGAGCCUGUUGUAAGGGAAUUAAAAUUGGCAAAAUCCUAAUCCACAGAGAGGGCAAAGAUGGUCGUCAGUGCUGUCAAGUGUAUCUUAUCGAAUAUCCACAAAUGCUGCCAUUCUCAACCCUUUGUGGAACCAAGGUGUAUCUUACCAAAUAUCCCACAAAUAGUCUUACAAAUGUUGCCAUUCUCAACCCUUUCUCCUCUUUUAGAAUUUCUCAUGCAACAAAAUUGCUGCAGUUAAUCUAUGAGAAGCUACCAUCAGACAUUGCAAGUCGCCACGUACUAUUGCUCGACCCAGUUCUUGCCUCAGGGCAUUCUGCCGUUGAGGCUAUAUCCGUGUUGCUGAGCAAGGGUGUUGUUGAAUCGAACAUCAUCUUCCUAAAUCUUAUUUCAGCUCCCGAAGGAAUACAUGCUGUUUGUAAGAAGUUUCCAAGGCUGAAAAUUGUAACUUCAGAGAUAGAUGUGUCCCUCAACAAGGAUCUGCGUGUGAUUCCGGGCAUGGGCGAGUUUGGGGAUCGCUACUUUGGAACUGGUGUCUAG